AUGGCAGCCGUGGGACUGUGUUUGGCUCCCAGCUCCCAGCAGCAGCUGAGGGAGCAGCUGGCCCUUGCUGCGGCCUGCCAAUGUCAAAGCUCGAGUGAGAAAAUGGGCCUGUACCUCUCAAGCCUCGCCCUUCUCGACCUUGGCUCCAUCUCUGUCACUGUCCCCAAAUCCAUGGCCAAUUCCCUCUGGAAUACCAGGACCAUUUCCCACUUGGGAUGUGUUGCUCAGGUCUUUCUGCUUCUCUUCUUGUUCAUAGCAGAAUAUUCUCUCCUCACUGUCAUGGCCUAUGACUGCUACAUUGCCAUCUGCAAACCCCUGCACUAUCGGACCCUCAUGGAUGGCAGGGCCUGUGCCAAAAUGGCAGCAGCUGCCUGGGCCAGUGGUUUUCUCUAUGCUCUCCUGCACACUGGGAACACCUUUUCAAUACCACUCUGUCAAGGCAACACAGUGGACCAGUUCUUCUGUGAGAUUCCCCAGAUCCUCAAGCUCUCCUGCGCAGACUCCUACCUCAGGGAAGUUGGGCUUCAUAUGGUUGGUAGCUGUUUAAUCUUUGGGUGUUUUGUUUUCAUUGUGGUGUCCUACAUGCAGAUCUUCACAGUUGUGCUGAGGAUCCCUUCUGAGCAGGGCCAGCACAAAGCCUUUUCCAUGUGCCUCCCACACCUGGCUGUGGUCUCCCUGUUUGUCAGCACUGCAAUAAUUGCCUACCUGAAGCCCCCCUCCCUCUCCUCCCCAGCUCUGGAUCUGGUAGUGGCUGUUCUCUAUUCAAUGGUGCCUCCAGCAAUGAACCCCCUCAUCUACAGCAUGAGGAACAAGGAGCUCAAGGAUGCACUGGGAAGAAUGGUUCAGUGGGUAUAA